AUGGUGGCCAACACUUCAACUAACAGCAACCAGCUGUUUGGGAGUAAACUGGCUGUGGAUUUUGAGCACAAUUUCAAGCUCGAAAGUGUUAAGACUGGAAGAGUAACGAGAGCAGUAACCAUACCAAGCAAACAAUUCAGUGCAGCCGACAGGACUGCGCUCGCUCAGGUCGGCAAGGUUUUGUCGCAGCAUGCGGAAGCUUUCGGUGCAGAAUCUUUGGCUAGGUUGAUUGGAACUCAUCCUGCAUCCAAGAUUUAUUUCAGUGAGUUCACUGACUACAGUGCUGCCGGCUCUCGGGUCAGAGUCCACGGUGCUAAAGUACUCGGAGCUGUGGCCAAAGCGAUUGGGCACUUGGAUGAUCUGCAUACUCACCUGGAACCGCUUGCCGCCAAACAUGGCCAUGAACUUCUGGUGGAUCCUCAAAACUUCCCGGUCCCAGUUGUGUGGUCCCACCCCCAGGAGCCACGGAUUGCCUCAGACAACAAGAAAAGAGAAGCCUUUCUCAAGCAUUGUCACACCAGACUAGUUCACCAAGCAAAAGCUCAGUUUAUCUGUAGCUUUAAAAGUCGUGGGACAGCGGAUAUCCAAAACAGCUUUUUUUUAAACGAUGAUUGCCAAGAGAAACAAAACAGUUCAGAGUCCUGGCCAACUGUAUACUGGAUAUUGAAGGCAAAUGGCUAUCGUCUAGUACAAUGAUUCAGCAAAUUUCAG